AUGAUAAUUUCCAAAGACUCUGGAGCAAAGCACAAAACCAGACUCGACGAUAUGAGCGCGAGCGAGUGCUACGCUGCCUAUGACACGACAUAUCAAACCAAGUACGGGGGCGUGAUCAUGCUUUCGGACGACGUGGAGACGGCCACCCGUUAUGACUGGGCUACAGAGGAACAAGUUUUCACGCCCUUCAACAGCAAAUAUCCGCAUACCUGGCUGUGUGCCGAAGGCGCUCCCUGCGCCGACGACGCGGCGAACAGCAAAUGGGCGGUUUGGGGGUAUCGCGUGCACUCGUGCCUGAGUGAGCGCGUACCCCAGCUCUGCAAGCUGCAGUAUUCUCUGCCACUCACUAUCACGGUGAUUGCCGCCAACCUCAUCAAGGCGAUAGUCCUGUGCUAUGUGUCUUUCAGCAAAGGCGAUGCUCCCCUGCUAACAACGGGCGACGCGGUCGCCUCGUUUCUCCACAAACCUGACCGGUCCAGCGUGGGCAGUUGCUUGCUAUCGUCAAAGGACGUAAGAGACUCAUACUACUCAAUGGAGACGCAUCUCUACAAGCGAUUAAACUAUCAGGGUAGUCGAUCCAGAUGGUAUUCGGCCGCCCAGGUGCGCGACUGGCUAUCGGUCAUACUACUCUGGAGCAUCGCAAUCGGCAUCUGCAUAUUCCUCAUAAUCUACGGCGAGGCCAACGACGGCAAAGCGAUCUGGGCCGCCAAAUUCGGCAAAACGUCGAGCGUGGACUCCAGCACUCUAAUCAAGGGCGACUCCUGGCCAACAAGCCUGCUCGCAAACACAAUCAUCGCCAACAUCCCGCAGCUCAUCUUCUCCCUGAUCUACUUCCUAACUAACAGCCUGCUCACCAGCAUGACGCUCGCAGCCGAGUGGAGCCGGUAUGCCGUCCUACGCAGGGGCCUCCGCGUGUCCUGGAAUCCCAAAGCUGCCCAGCGCCAAAGCUAUUUCCUGUCCCUGCCAUACCGCUAUGCUGUCCCGCUCAUGGCCUCGUCCGCGACCCUGCACUGGCUGAUCUCCCAAAGCAUAUUCCUCGUCGGUGUCGAUGCCUACGAUCCGGACUGGACGCACAAUGCGAGUCUCGAUGUUAUGACCUGCGGGUACACGCCAGUCGCCAUUGUAAGCGCCAUCUCUGUUGGCGGCGCGAUGCUCCUGAGUAUUAUGGCCCUGGCGCUGCGCCGGCUGGACUCGGCCAUGGUGGUUGCCGGCAGCUGUAGCUUGGCUAUCGCUGCUGCCUGUCACCCGAAACAUGACCCGAACUUGCAAAACGAGGCACAUCAGGUCGAUAGUGUUCAUCCCCCUGAGGUGGAUAUGGCGUAUUUGCCUGUCAAGUGGGGUGCUGUUGCUGUCGAUGGCGACGUGGGUCACUGUACGUUUACAUCGGAGGAGGUUGAGAUGCCGCAGGCUGGGCGGUUUUAUCAGUGA